GGGGCGCUCAUUAGCCACCCUGAUAGACUAGAGUCGGAAAAGUGGCAUCUUUACCCUUAAAGCUGUUCACAUUUCCUGCUAUUUUUAGUUUCAAUCUCACGCGAUGUAUAUUUACUUUUGUGGCAGCAUCAGAGGGGGAAGGCAGGAUGUGAAGAUUUAUCAAAAGAUUGUGAAGAAGCUGCAGGACUAUGGAAAGGUUUUGACAGAGCACGUGAGCCACGAUGAUAUAUCUGAGAAAGGUGAGGAGGCUGUUCCCGGAGGAGACGAGGCCAUCUAUGAUCGUGAUAUGGCGUGGCUGGCUCAGUCUGAUGUUGUAGUUGCUGAAGUAACUCAACCAUCUUUUGGUGUGGGUUAUGAAAUUGGUCAAGCCAUGGCAAUGAAAAAAAGGAUUCUCUGUCUCUUUCGACCCUCAUCAGGAAAAGUGCUGUCUGCUAUGAUACGAGGAGCUGAGGGCAAGUUUGGCCAAUCUGUCUUCCAAGUACGAGAUUAUGAGGAAGAGAAGGUUGAAGGCAUCCUGGAGAGUUAUUUUGGUGAACAAAACAAGAAUUAAUGUGCACUAAAGAUAUUUAUGGCAAAUUGUAUGUGAAAAUCUGUCCAUCACAUCCAGAUGUUUUUUUGAACAUCGCUUUCCAAAAUAAGGGUUUUCUUAAUUUUUUCCGUUAUUCCUUUUAUAACAGCGUCCACUGUUCUGUGAAGGCUUUUGGCCACAUGAUGAUUAGUCAGUGCAGGGCAAUGAUGUUGGCAGAGGAGGCCUGGUACACAGCAAGAAUUCCAGUCAAUCCAAGGUCAGAAUUCAGUGCAGGCGAUUUGAGUUUGGGGAAGAACUACAUUAUGGGUGUGAUGGUCGGUUGCCGUGUCUGUCAAAUCAAAUAACAAAUAUACAGUGUCUGUCAAAUCAAAAUAUUAAAAAAGUAUUUAAAAAAACUGUGAUAUUUUCAAUAGUA